UCUCCCUUGGGAUACAAUCUUUGAGAAUAUCCAACAAGUGUGAUUCCUCAUCUAGAUCCCUGCCAAAAAGAGAACGACGGCAGGCAAAAUUCCAGGACCAUGAUACAUUAGACCAUGCUCCCACAUGCUUUAGUAGACAAUCCUUGUUAUCAAAACUUGUAACACCGUCUGUCUGGCCCGAUUUUCUCUCCCAAUUCCUACCAAAAUUCAAAGGCGAAACCGGCCGACGUUGAUACCAAUUCCUACUCGCUCGAGAAAUUUAAUCUCUACGAGACGAGAGCGGAAAAUGAAGGAAUAGUGACGUGAAGAAGAGGGAAAUUGGAAAAUUUUAAUGCUUUCUGCAUAUCAGAGUGACUGGGGAAAGGAGUUCUAUACCUUCCUCCUUUGGCUCAGAUCAAUGGAAAGAUGCUUUUUGCAUCUAAGAGUGAGUGGGGAAACGAGUUCUAUACCUUCCUCUUUUCGCUCAGAGAGUUAUUUGCAAUUUUUUUAAGGAAAAAAGAAAUUGAUCCCGAGUUAGUGUUAAGACUUCUGUGUUCUGUUUGGUUGCCAAGAAAAUGUGACUGCUUUUUUUUUUUUAUCAAGUCAUCAAUUGCAUCAUUCAAUUGACCUUGAUUUUCACCCUUCUUUUUUUCCUCUUUUCUAGAAAUGGAGUUAAUAAAGUUAGAGGUUUACUUAAAUCCUAAAAUGGAGUUUGGCUUGGCUUGGCUUAAAUGAGACUGAUUUAUGUAUAAUUUUUGAAGCUACUGUUUUGUCUCUGUGAGAGUUGGAGUCAAGUACAAUUUUUGUUAGUGUUUUUAGUUUUCCGGCCGCAAAGCAGGAUGCUUUUAUACAUUCUUUAAGUCAUUGAUACUUUUAAGGUUUUGUUUUUGGGAUGAAGCUCUUCACUGGUUUCUUGGAGCAGAGGUUUUAUGUAAUUGGUAGUGAUAGAAACAAGAGAUUCUUCCGGAUUUUGAAGAUUGAUCGAUCAGAGCCAUCUGAUCUCAAUAUUAGUGAAGACCCAAUGGUUUAUUCACCACAGGAGAUGAAGAACUUGCUUCAAAUGAUUGCUGAAGGCAAUCAUGCCACAGGCGGCUUGACCUUUGUUGGAAAAGCUUAUGGGAUUGCAGUUUAAUGUUGGGUUGUUCUUGUUAUGGCACUUAAAGGAUGGAUCCUAUGGAGAUACUCCAAUUGGCUUUGGUCAUUGCAGGUUGCAUUAAGUUUUUGGAGUCAUACUACUUGAUCCUGGUCACAAAGAGGCAUCAAAUUGGAUGUAUAUGUGGUCAUGCAAUAUAUGGUAUUGAGGAAAGCCAGUUGAUUACUAUUCCACGUCUCUAUUCAAUCUGAUGUGGCACAUUCCAAAACUGAACUAAGGUACAAAAAGCUGCUAUCCAGUGUGGAUUUGACCAAAGAUUUCUUCUACAGUUAUACAUAUACCACAAUGCAAAGUUUGCAAAGAAUGUAUUGCCCACGGGAGAAGAAGGGAUGCCAUAUGAUAAUAUAUUUGUCUAGAAUUCCUAUUUAACUCAAGCUAUUCGAUUGAAAUGCAACAAUACUUUUUGGACAAUGUUAGUUCAUGGGCAUCUUAAACAGGUAUUCAUCUCCAUUCUGCUUUGUGAUGACAGUCUAGGCUGUCAAAUUUUGGGAGAGAUUUCAGUGUUUCUCUAGUUUCAAGCUGUUCUUGGCAUUUUGCGGGAACAUGUUACUUGAGAAGGGGAGUUAAUGGUAUUGAAUGACGUUGAAACUGAACAAAUUGUCCUAGAAGAAGAGGCUGGUUCAUGUAAGGGAAAAAUGAGUUCCAUUGUUCAGAUGCAUGGGUUGAUUCCUCUUUUCUGGUCACAAGAGGCUUUGAGAUUUAGUCCUAAACAUGAUAUAAUCUUGCAGAGGUAUUAUCCAACAUAUGAGGCAACCAAAUUGCAUUUUGAAGACCUGGCAAUGAGAUAUGGCAAUCCAAUAAUUUUGCUUAAUGUGAUUAAGAAUGUUAGCAAAGGCCUAGAGAUAUGAUGUUGAGGCGUGAGUUUGCAAAUGCAAUUGGGCAUUUGAACACAGUUCUCUCUGAAGAAGAUCAUCUUAAAUUUAUUCACGGGGACUUUCACAAGUUUGAAAAGAGUUUUGUUUUCUUCUUAUGCAUUUGAAUGCCCCUGUUUCUCCUUCCUCCCUAUCUACUUUCCUACUUAUCUCUUGAAACUGGAAUUUAUUAUUUUCUUCUUUCUUGAUCUCACAGCAAGUCUGCCAAUGUUUUGGCUGUUUUGGGUGCUGUGGCUAGUGAAGCUCUUGAUUUGACUGGUUUUUACUAUAGUGGGAAACUUAACAAUGUUAAGAAGAGAACCAACAAACCCAGCCAAACAAGUACUGGCAGGUAUCAUAGAGUACUAA